CCGCCGUGGUCAUCAGCUAGGCUUUGCCGUCACGUUGCCCCCACCUAGGGAGCGAACGAGAGAAAAAAAAAACGUGUUACUGCUUCCCUCUCCCCCCAAAUGCCGCCCCUUCCUCUCCUCCUCAUCCUGCUCGCCGGCGUGGCGGCGGCGGUGGCGGAGCCCCCGAUCCCAUCUCCUGCGCCGCCGCCGCUGUCACCGCCGCUGCCGUCGCCGCCUCCGCCUCCGCCGCCGCAAAAGAACGAGACGCUCUACGAGCUCCUCCCGCUCUACGGCCUCCCCGCGGGCGUCUUCCCCUCCACCGUCACCUCCUUCUCGCUCGCCGACAACGGCAGCCUCACCGUCGACCUCGCGGGUCCCUGCUACGCCCACUUCGAGUAUCUCACCUACUUCGAGGCCCGCGUCACGGGCGUCCUCCGCUACGGCUCCCUGACCGGCCUAUCGGGCAUCCAGGUCCGCCGCUUCCUCGUCUGGUUCAACGUCAUCCGCGUCAAGGUCGACCUGCCCCCUCCCCCGCGCUUCGUCUACCUCGACAUCGGCUGGAUCACCCGCAAGCUUCCCGCCAGCGAGUUCCAAUCCGUCCACACGUGCGACUCCUCCAAGAGGUGCCGCCUCUCGUCUGCGCUCGCCACCGCCGCGACAUGGUUCCAGGACUUCUUUGCCCAAUUUUAGCGGAUGGAGAAGGUCUAUAAUUUUGUGGCAAUAUCACAUGAGUUUCCAGCCUUCCGCCUCCUGAAGGGAUUGAAUGAGUACGAACAAUUUAGAAUACAGGGCAUUUUUUAGACAUGGUGUAUCACUCUACGAGACUACGACUUCUAUAGUACUGAUGCUGCGGUCUGAGCUGUACAUUUGUUUGAGAGCCAAACGAUCUCAUGAAUGUGCUAUUGUUAUAUUGAUCCAGUACAAUAGCACCUGUAAAUUGGUGUGGUGUCUGUCAUUAUUUUGUUCGACCUUUAUAAGUUUCCACUCAAGUUUCCUGCGUA